AUGGCUACGCUGGUCACCUCCGUCAAUUCCUCAAGGACACUUAGAAGAAUGUUCCAAAAGAUAUUCCUAAUUUCAACGUUAUAUGGGAUCUUCCCUUUUGUUUUUACCGACAACGAUCUCGUCCUUUCUUUCAUGUUUCUUCCUUGGAGUAUUUUAUAUGUGAUUUUUUCCGUUUCCUCCAUGAUUUAUUUUUGUAUUUUUCAGUUCGACUAUUGUAUCAUCCCUUCUUAAUAAUUACUCAACAAUUUUUAGUUUUUUCAUUCCCUACAUUCUGCCUAUGCUUCUUCCUACUGUUUCUAUAUUUUGGCUAUGGAUAAAUUUGAAGAAGUUCAGUAAGCUAUUUAAGAGAUUGAAGGAAGUGGAAGAUUUAAUUAAUAAGUAUGAUCUAUUGACAAGUGGCAAAUACCACAUCGUUUUGUUUGCUAUUAUCACCCCAUUGUUCAUUAUCGAAUUUAUCAAGAUCGCAAUUCCUAGAAUUGUUGUUAUUUCGCUCUACUUCAUGAUGACGAAUGUUUACCUAAUCUUGAUACAGUUCACUAGCAUCUUGGCUACAGUCAGCAGCUUUUAUUCCUUUUUGGAAAAAUCUCUCAACGACUCCACCGCCUUAAAGUGGGUCCGAUGUCACGAAGUUUUGGGAACUUGCUGUGAAAUCGUCAACAGAUGUUACUCCCCGCAGCUGCUCAUUUUCAUCUUGUCUAACUUCAGUUAUAUAACAAGUACCAUUUACCUUAUCAUCACUGAUUGGGACUAUUACACACAGGACGACCAGAAGAUAUCUCUGCUAUGGUUACUGAUCUCAUCUCUCACUGUAUGGGUAGUAGUUUUUCAUUGCCAUGAGACAGUCCAAAAGGCAAAGAGUUUCGACAAAGCGUUAUCUAGAUUAGUGCUAAACGAUAACACAAACCGAUUGUUACGAAAUAAGAAAAUAAUCUAUCACUUCAAACCUAAGCGUGAAGUCGAGUUUUUAGCAAUGGGAUUUUUGAGCUUCGAUUAUCCUCUGCUCUUCAGAAUGAUAUCAACAGCGACCACUUAUAUUGCGAUAAUGGUUCAAUUUACACCAAAAGAUAAACUUAAGUGA